AAAACACACAAACCAUCAUCCACUUAGCUCCACCUUCACUUCUUGUCCUCCACCUUGGAAAAAAGGCCUUUAGCACCAUGAGGGUCCUCAUCCUUGCCUGCCUGGCGGCCCUUGCCCUUGCAAUGGAGACUGUAGAAAGCCUUUCAAACACAGAGGAAUCCAUUACACGCAUCAACAAAAAACCUGAGAAGUUUGAAAAUGACAAAGAGCAGCAAAGACAGGAUGGACACCAGGAGAAAAUCCAGUCCCCUGUCCAGCCACAGGCUCUUGUCUAUCCUUUUGCUGAGCCCAUCCCCUAUACUGUCCUUCCACAAAAUGUCCUGCCUCUUGCUCAGCCUGCUAUGGUGCUGCCUGUCCUUCAGCCUGAAGUGAUUCAAGGUUCCAAUUCUAAGGCAACCAUCUUUCCUAAGCACCAUGUGAUGCCAUUUCUUAAAUCUCCAGCAGUUCCAAUUUUUCAACGCCAAAUCCCAAACCUCACUGAUCUCAAAAAUCCACAGCUUCCUCUGCCUCUGCUCCAGCCCUUGAUGCACCAGGUGCCCCAGCCUCUUAUCCAGGCUCCCAUGCUUCCUACUCAGCCCCUGCUUUCCCUUCCUCAGCCCAAAGCCCUGCCUCUUUCCCAGCAAGUGAUCACCUACCCUCAGAGAGAUAUGCCCAUCCAAGCCCUUCUGCUUUACCAAGAGCCUCUGAUUGACCCUACCCAGGGGUCCUACCCUGUGAGUCAACCUAUUGCCACAGUUUACAGCUUGCAACAAAUUUAAGAGGAUUUUAAAGUUGUUUGCCCCUCA